AUGACCACUGCAGACAUUGUGGUCGUCGGCAGUCUGCUUGUCGAGCACAUCUUCUUCAUCGAUCGCUUACCUGAUCUUGGUGAAAGUUUCCCCGCCACUCGCUAUGUAAUUGGACCCGGCGGAAAAGGCGCCAAUGCAGCAAUUGCAACCUCACGUGCGUGUCACAACAACCCAGACAAAGCGGAUACCGCUACUGGCGAACCUGGCGUCGACGUUAAGGUCCGCAUGAUAGGAGCUAUAGGGGAUGAUGGAGAGGGGAAGUAUAUGCUCAAGGCGUUAAGCGAUAGUCAGGUGGAAUCCAGCGGCAUACGUGUCGAGAAGGAGGAGAAUACAGGGAAAGCAUUUAUCAUGGUGGAAGAAACUGACGAAUCAAGAGACAACCGCCUGAUCUAUACGUUGGGUGCGAAUUCGGUUAUCUCACCUUACGACUUCAAAACUGCCGAUACCCUGAGUAACGCGGGCGCACCUCCCGACCUGAUCAUUUCGCAGCUGGAGGUCGAUAUGAAGGCGGUCGAGCGGAUCCUGGAGACAGCGGGCAAAGCAAACAUCAAGGUCCUACUGAACGCUGCGCCAGCCAACAACAUCCUGACGAAGCUGUAUCGCAACCUGACACACCUGGUGGUGAACGAAUCGGAGGCUGCGAUACUUUCGGGGUUCGACCUGGCGGAUAUCAAGUCCGAGAACUUUGAAGAAAUCGCAAAGAUGUUCCUUGGGUACGGGGUGGAGAAUUUCAUCUUGACCCUUGGUAAAGGCGGAGCAUUUUACGCGAAUAGCGAAGGUUCGGACCUGAUCAAAGCAUUUGAGGUAGAGUCUGUAGAUCCAACUGGAGCUGGUGAUACCUUCGUCGGCGCUUAUGCGGCCGAGUAUGUGCGCAUGCAGAAAGCACAAGAGUUCUGGGACAUCGCCAAGGCCGUGAAACGUGCCAAUGCCGCCGGUGCUCUCGCGGUCACCAAAGCUGGUGGUCAAACUGGCAUACCCUGGGCCAAUGAAAUCGAUGACUUCAUGGCCGCCGCGCUGGUAGAUGCACCAGUGACAGCCGGGGCUGAGGUUUGA